AUGUCAGCAGAUAAAAAAAAAAAUACAAAUAUAUGUGAAAAUGAAAACAAAAAAACAUGUGAAGAUAUAAAUAGUACCAUUGAAAUUGCAAAUGGUGAGUCCCCUAAUCUUUCCAUGAAAAAUUCUAUGGGUGGGAAAAAAAAAAUUGUGCUUUUAAAAAGAAAUGAAAUUAAAUAUAACAAAUAUGAUCAAGGGGACAUUAUAAAUAAUAAUAAUAAUGAUGAAUAUGAAAAUGUUGCCAAUUCUAACCGACGGAAUAACAAUAAAAAUAAUACAAAUAAACACAAUUUAAAUAGUAAAAAUACAAAGGGAGAAAAAACACUAGAACAAAGAGAACAAGAAUAUAAUAAAAUUAGAGCUAGAAUUUUUUCUAACUUUAAUAAAAACACAAAAAAUAAUUCAACGUCUACUACUCUUCCAAAUAUUGUACCACACACACUUAAAAAUGACAACAUAUAUAUUAUCCCACCUCAUACCAUACCAUUAAAUGGGCUAACAACAAAUACACACAUUGACCCUUAUUUUUGUAUAAACAAUUAUUAUAAUACAUAUAAUAAUAUGAUUAACCAUCAAUAUGUAAAUAAUAAUAAUAUGCCAAUGUUUGAUAUUAAUCCUAUUGUUAAUUUACCACCUUCCCAAUUUUAUUGUAAUACUGAUAAAACUAUUAAUAUGGUCAAUAGUCCGGAAAAUAAAAUGAACAAUGAUAUUAUUAAUUAUAAUUCUAUACCUAAUCCUAAUUUAAUUUAUCCUAAUUAUCCAUGCAAUAUACAAGGAUAUUCUCCUUUUUUGAAGUUUAAUAAUUCGCAAAUUAAUCAUAAAAAAAUGUCUAAACCUAAUAAAUAUCAUCCAAAUUACAAACCCCCUAAUCAUAUUACUAACUUUAAUAAUCAAAAUAAUAUGAACAGUCAGAAAAAUAAUAGAAAAGGCAAGGUAAAAAGUGAUAAUAAUAUGACUCCAGCUAGCGAAAAUGCUACAAAUAAAGAAAAAAAUAUGAACAGUAAUACAAUCACUUAUAAUAAUCAACCUAUGAAGGAAGCAAACAUUAAUUAUGAACAAGAUCAUCCUCCUAUAAAUCCUGGAUUUAACAAAUCAAAUAUGAAUGUUCAGAAUAAAAACGGAAGCAAGCUAAAAUUGAGUAAUAGCAAAAAAUUUUAUGCUAGCCAAAAUACAAAUCUGGAUAAAAAAGGAAAGGGAUCCAAAAAAAAAACGCUAGACAAUAUUAAUAUAACUGAAAAGGAUUUGCAAAAUAAUACUAUUUCAUAUGACACAUCAGAAACUUUUAAAACGUUGAAAAAUUCCACAAUUGAAUCUUGCACACCCCCAAGAAUCCCAUCAAAUGUUUCAAAACAAUUCGACAAAAUCAAACCAACAAAUAAUAACACAAAAUGGACAGACAUACAAAAUGAAGUAAAUUCUCAUGAAGAGGGCCAAACACAAAUGAUAUCAACAUCAUCUCAAAAAAAAUCAGGAAAAAAAAAAAAUGCAAAUAAGUAUAAUACGGAAAACACUAAUAAUACCUACUCCGAAGUAACAAAUUUUGAUGAUAUAAAAAAUGAUCAAAUAGAUGAGCAAGAUGUUAAUAUAAAUAAUGAAAAAUCGAAUACAACACCAAAGAAAAAAAAAAAAAAAAAAAAAAAAAAAACAAUAAAUAGAUUAAUAAAUGAACAAAAUCCUACACUAAACCCUCAACCCUCUAUCAUAAUUCCUAACACAAUGCAAACAAAUUUUAAUAAUACAAAUAAAUUAUUUUAUCCAUUAAUAAUAAAUAAUACACAGAUUAAUUCCCAUCCUAAUUACAACAACUUUAUAAAUAAUAUCUCACCAUUUCAACAAUAUUAUUCAAAUAAUAUUAUAAAUAAUUUAGAAUAUUGUAGAGAUAUAUCUUUAUAUGAAAAACGGUAUGACAGAGGUGAUGAUCUAAUGCUUAACCCUAAACGAUAUGAUAUUGAUUUCCCUUCUCUUCAUUAA